CCAAUUAGAUUUCCAGAACCUCAUCUGGCUUACGCUAAUCAUCUGGUAUUACGCUUCUCUCUGUUCCCGGCUCCAGAAAUAUGGCCUUGCGGGGAACGGAGAACGCAUACGACGAUCCAAAUCUUGCGGACAAUGAACAAGAGGAAUUCUCCGAAUCCUUUGUUUGCUGCGUUUGCCUGGAUCUAUUAUACAAGCCCAUUGUACUGUCUUGUGGUCACAUAUCCUGUUUCUGGUGUGUCCAUCAGUCAAUGAGCCCCCUUUGUGAGUCUCAUUGUCCAAUUUGUAGGCAUCCAUAUUAUCACUUUCCAACAAUCUGUUGGAUGCUUCACUUUUUGCUUCAGAAGAUGUAUCCUGCUGCUUACAAGAGAAGGGGAAUUCAAACUCUUGAGGAAGAAAAGAAAGGGGGCUACUACUCUCCUCAAUUUGAUGGUGAUAAUCUUGUGUCAGAAGUCAAGUUUGAUCGUCCAGGUACUUCAUCUUCCUGCUAUGCUGGAAAUCUGGUUUCCAACCCGCAGAAUGCCGGACUCUCUGCAAGUAUGGAGCAAUCAGGGUCUGAAACUCUAAAGCGACAUAACGGAACCAUCUGUUCUAAAGAUGUUUUUGGUGGAACUCCUGAAGCUCUCGGGACUCCUGCUCAAGCAAAAGUGCUGCCUCAGACCGACCGGCAGCAAAAGAUAUCAGCUGCAGAUGUGGUGUGUUCAACAUGCAAGCAACUGCUUUUUCAUCCUGUUGUUCUUAACUGUGGUCAUGUAUACUGUGAGUCGUGCAUCAAGAACUCGACUGAUGAGAUGCUUAGAUGCCAAAUUUGUCAACUCCCACAUCCAAGGGGAUUUCCAAAAGUUUGUUUGGUGCUUGAUCACUUUAUAAAGGAACAAUUUCCUGAGGAAUAUGCAAAGCAAAGAGAUGCUGUUCAACUCAGGCAUAUCAACGAUAAACCUGAGACCCCUUCUUGUUCAUUGAACAAGGGUGGAGGAGGAAAAGCAGCAUGGUGGUCUGAUCCUCACUCAAAAGUACAUGUUGGAGUUGGUUGUGAUUUUUGUGGGAUGUUUCCAAUUGUUGGGGAUAGAUACAGAUGCAAAGACUGUAAGGAGGAGAUUGGUUUUGAUCUUUGCGCUGAUUGUUAUAAAAUUCGCAGCAAGAUUCCUGGUCGGUUCAAUCAGCAGCACACUCCAGAUCACGAGUUUGAGCUUAAACAAAUUAGCAUUAUCCAUAACAUAAUGAGGCUGGUUACUGGACAGUUAGGAGAUGGUUCCAUUGAAAACUUGGCUAUGGAAAGCUUAGGGUUUGGACCUGAAGGUCCCAAUUUGGCUGUUGAUGCUGAUGAAGAACAUGCCCAGAAUGACUCCGAAGGCACCAAUUGAAGAGUUGAAUUGACAAAAAUCCCAUGUUCAUCUGUUCCUGUUUUGGUUGGGAAUCAGUCAAUAGUUCAUUUGGAAAAUGAAAGUUGAGGAACCAGGAGUAAAAUUGAUCACAGCCUUAUUGACUCUUGAGAUCCCAGCUGAACAUGCCCUCCAUUCUGUGGUAGAUUGCCUGACCUACCCCAUCAAGCAUUAUUAAGAUCCUCUAAAGUUUCAAGAUUUACAGUGUAUAUUUUCAGAGGGACGCGAAAUGAAGGAGACUUGAUCGGUGGGUCUUAUUUAUGAGAUGGGAAUCCCAUGUCAGUUGCGUUUCUCUUCAAAAUUUACACACUUCAAGUUUCUUUUAAAACGUGAGGAUCCAAAGUAUGCAGACAACUUUGUUAACUUGGGUUUUGAUGCUUAAUGUCAGUGUCCAAUCUGUUUGUAUAUGGCAACAAAUGUUUGGGGAUUUUCUGUUUUACUUGUGAGUUUGCCCAAGAGGUAAAUAAUGUUGAAGACUUGUGAGUCAACAAUGUUAUCGUAUGGUUUAUCUAAUAACUGUUCUAUAGGCACUUGUAGUUUGGUAUCUUUGGAUUCUAUGAUUUUCCAAAUGACUAUAAACUGUUCUCUUUCUUUGCUGACA